GUCCCCACCUCACCCAGUCUCUCUUCCUCUUCCCCACUUCACCUAGUAGCGGCCACGCGGCACCGCUCGUCCGCUCCUCCUCCUCGCCUUGAACCCAAUCGCCGCCACCGCCAUGACUCUUGCAUCCCCUUCCCCUCUCGCAGCCGCCCCCGGCCGUCCAACAAAACUCCCUCCCUUCUCUCGCUGCCCCCCUCGGCGCCUCCUGCGCGUCUCCUGCCAGGCGACGCCCGACCGCCCGGCCUGCGGGCGCGGCAAUGCGUCGAACGCCUCGCCGGCGCCGCAGCAGCCGAGGUGGCGCGCCGCGGUCUCCGCCGCGCUCGCGGCGGCCGUGGUCGCCGUGGCGAUGCCGGCCUACGCGGACCUGAACAGGUUCGAGGCCGAGCAGCGGGGCGAGUUCGGCAUCGGCUCCGCCGCGCAGUUCGGCUCGGCCGACCUCAAGAAGGCCGUCCAUGUUAACGAGAACUUCAGGCGGGCCAACUUCACAUCUGCUGACAUGAGAGAAUCAGAUUUCAGUGGUUCCACAUUCAAUGGUGCUUAUCUUGAAAAGGCUGUUGCUUACAAAGCAAAUUUCACUGGUGCUGAUUUGAGUGAUACAUUAAUGGACCGCAUGGUUCUCAAUGAAGCCAACCUUACAAAUGCUGUUCUUGUACGGUCAGUCCUCACACGUAGUGACCUUGGAGGAGCUAUCAUUGAAGGGGCUGACUUCAGUGAUGCUGUUAUUGACCUACCACAGAAACAGGCACUGUGCAAAUAUGCAAGUGGGACCAACCCCAUAACAGGGGUAAGCACCCGAAAAAGCCUCGGAUGUGGCAAUAGCCGUCGAAAUGCAUAUGGGAGCCCUUCAUCCCCUCUGUUGAGUGCCCCACCACAGAAACUUCUUGACCGUGAUGGUUUCUGUGAUGAAGCUACUGGUAUGUGUGAUGCAAAGUGAGAGAUGAUUUAUCCAGCAUGGAAACUGGUGAUGGAUGUGAAUAUACAUUGGAGAUCGAGUGAAAGAGCAGAAUAGUGCAGAGAGCUCGGUCGUUUUUCUUCUCCUCUUGCAAUUGUUGUAAGUUUGCAGCGGAAUCAGGUAAACUUCAGGAUGUAGAUGAGAAUAUGAGAUACGGGCGUUGAGCACUGAACGCCAUAUAUAGCAUAGUAAGUAUAUGAAAUAGAUCAUAUCAUGUGUUUUCAGAAGCCAGUAUAUCCAAAACAGAAGUCCAACACUGGAGUGUCUCAGUAAAUAAACUUUUCACUCCAUUUCACAAA